CCCAAGACGAGGCUGCUUUCUCGCUCGCUACCAUGUCACUCGUCUCUGGGCCCGGCCGCGGCGGCGGCGUGGCUGAUCUCCCUGCCGAAAUGCGCCUCUACGUCGACAAGCACGUCACCUACAUCCAGAGCCUUGACACCCGCAAAGAUGAAUUGGAAUACUGGCUCACCGAGCACUUGCGCCUGAACGGACUGUACUGGGGUCUGACAGCCCUGCAUCUGCUAGGUCGCCUGGAUGCCCUGCCACGGCACGAGGUUCUGGAAUAUGUAUUCUCGUGCCUGCAUGAAAGUGGCGGCUUCGGCGCGGCUCCUGGUCAUGAUGCCCAUAUGUUGUACACGGUCAGCGGCGUGCAAAUCCUCGCGACCCUGGAUGCCUUCGACGAGCUCGAAGCACGCGUCAAGGGGGGCCGCUUGAAGAUUGGACAAUAUAUUGCGGCUCUGCAGGACCGAGAAACGGGCACUUUCGCGGGCGAUGAGUGGGGUGAGAGAGACACCCGUUUCCUAUAUGGUGCACUGAAUGCCCUGUCGCUCAUGGGAUUGCUGCAUCUGGUUGACGUGGACAAGGCUGUCGAACACGUGCAGUCGUGUGCUAACUUCGAUGGCGGUUAUGGCACCAGCCCGGGCGCCGAGUCCCAUUCGGGCCAGAUCUUUACAUGCCUCGGUGCUCUGUCCAUUGCUGGUCGCCUCGAUCUCGUAGACCGAGACAAGCUUGGUGCCUGGCUCAGCGAGAGACAACUCAAGAAUGGAGGUCUCAAUGGUCGUCCGGAGAAGAAGGAGGAUGUCUGCUACAGCUGGUGGGUAAUGAGCAGCCUGGAGAUGCUCAACAGGCUACACUGGAUCGAUGGCGAAAAGUUGACUUCUUUCAUCCUGCAGUGCCAGGAUCCAGAGCUUGGUGGUUUGGCGGAUCGGCCGGGUGACAUGGUCGAUGUCUUCCAUACCGUUUUUGGCAUCGCCGGCUUGAGUCUCCUCAAGUAUCCUGGCCUGGAAGAGGUGGACCCGGUGUAUUGCAUGCCGAAAGCGGUUACUAGCAAAUACGUGAGUAAAAGGUGAAGGACACCUGAUUAUUUACAGAGGACAUCUGGAGUCCUGUUAAGUAACCCUAAGCAUUGAACGUGCACUUUAAUCAGCGCCGGUUGUUACAG